AUGAAGAAGUCAUCUUCUCAAAGGAUAUUGGUUACAUAAGAUGAGUUUCUGAGAAUUCAAUCAUAUGCCAAUAAAUCGAUUUAGCCUCACUCCAAAGCCAGAAUCAAACAAAAACCAAAACCAGAAUAAUGUCAAUUCAAACCAGAAAUCAACAAAUAAUCAAUCAAUUUAUAGCGAACAAUAAAUGAUCUCUACAGAUGGAAUCAAAAUAAAAUGCAAAAAAUACACCAAAUAAAAGAAGAAGAAACUCGAGAAAUCUAAAAUAAUGCCAAUAGAUUGACUCAUGAAGUCACUUCUUCCUCUGUCUUUGAAAGACUUUAUCAAAUCAGAAAAAGUAGUGCCUUCACUCUGUGUAAUUAUCAACAUUAAGUUAGAAUAAUCAAAAAGAAAUACCCAUUGUGA